UUCUGUGUGUAUUGGGACAGUAAAAGAGAUCGCGGCCCAUAGGAGCAUAGACAUCCCGCUUACGAGGCAUCUACAACAAAUGUCUUGGCACUAACCGGAAGCGGAAAUAGCGAGGGAGCGGUUGACAGCUGCUGGACAUCACCAGAAGGGGUUCGCCAACAAAACAAUACAUUUGUGCAGAAAUGGAGCUGUGUGAAAUAUUAUACAACAAGGCUGAAUACAUCGAGACGGCAUCAGGCAACAAAGUCAGCAGACAGUCGGUGCUUUGCGGCAGUCAAAACAUCGUCCUCAAUGGAAAAACCAUCGUGAUGAAUGACUGUAUCAUCAGAGGAGAUCUUGCUAAUGUCAGAGUUGGGCGCCACUGUGUCAUUAAAAGCCGAAGUGUGAUCAGACCUCCGUUUAAGAAAUUCAGCAAAGGAGUGGCUUUCUUCCCCUUGCAUAUUGGGGACCAUGUGUUCAUAGAGGAGGACUGUGUUGUCAACGCCGCUCAGAUCGGAUCAUACGUCCACAUUGGCAAGAACUGUGUGAUUGGUCGACGCUGUGUCUUGAAGGACUGUUGUAAGAUAUUGGAUAAUACUGUCCUUCCCCCAGAAACAGUGGUUCCUCCAUUUACAGUUUUCUCUGGCUGUCCAGGUUUAUUUUCAGGAGAGCUCCCUGAAUGUACCCAGGAACUGAUGAUCGAUGUUACCAAGAGUUACUACCAGAAGUUUCUCCCUCUCAGCCAGAUCUAGGAAUAAACUUCAGUUUGUGCCUCGCAAACUUUUUCAUUCUUGGACCAAAGGAACUAAUAUUCCCCAGCCUUCCCUUGCUUUAGGUCACAAUUGUAAAUCUCAAAAUGCUACUUAAUUCUGUUCACAGUUGCAGUAAAAAUCCCUUGCUGUGUUCAUGGCUAUGUUAACAUAGAAUAUAAAAUUUAAGACUAUGUGUAUUAUACGCAACCACCACAUAUCUCCUGCAUUUCAUGUCAGAAUUUUUAGAUUUCUGUUAAUAUCUCACACCACUUGUCUUGUUUGCGUGGCUAGGAAAAAUAUCACAACACAGUGAUAAGUUGUUAGACUGAACUAGGACCUUUAUUUAUUGAACAGUACAAUUUCUGCAACACUAAAACUUUUCUGUGUGCAAAGACAGAUUACGGAUGGUAAUAAAUGUAUUGUUUUGUAUAAAGAAAAGAGCAUAUGUACUGACUCAUUUUAAGUGGUCAGCAUUGUUUUUUUUGUUUUGUUUUUUUACUAAACGACACACUCCUUUAGUAAAGUGCGGUCAUAUUAGUAAAAACAAUUUCUGCAAAAAAGGUUUAUUGUCAAUAAUGUAACAAUGCAUGAUCACACAGAUAUCAUUUUCAAAUCAGGCAACUUUCUGUGGGUCAAAGCAGUUAAUGCAUGUGACCAACAAGAGCCCUUUGAAAGAAUCUGCAUAGCAAGAUCUUUCCCUCGAGCAAAAGUCUAUUGUGGAUUCCUAUUGAAAUGACUCGAUUUUCAAAUCUCGCUGUAAAACGGUUAAAGACUACCUGCCACUGUAGCCGUGUGCAAAUGUUAUUUACCUGUGCAAGGAACAGGAUGAUAUGCAAGAAACAUACUCCGUAGAUAGAUGCACUACAUUUCAUUUUCAAAGCUACACUUUCAGUAUUUGAAGUGGGGAUCGUUCAGGCUAUUUUAAGCAAUGGAUUUCUACAAACAUGCUUCACACAAUUCAAGUACAUCCAUGUAUAGUGUUACUUGUUAUAACUUGCCUGUUUAUAUAGUGGGAAAUGGUCUUGGCCCCUUCUAGACUGCAACAAAAAAUAAUAAAAUCAUAAAUUAUUGAAAAACAAUUGAUUUAAAAAUAUAUUUUUUAAAAACAUACAGAUAUGCAUUCAUACAAUGAACAAUACCAUUUGUACACAUAGCAUACUUGAAAAAAGGUAAAGAUUUUUUUUUUUUCAGGUCUCUAAUCCAAUGUUAUGCUACCUUUCUUCUGACAUUUUUUUUUGUUGUUCAAACUAAGUACCGGUAUACUCUUCUGUUCAAAAGUUGGGGGUCAGUAUGAUUUUUUUUCUUCUUUUUUUAAACAAAAUGUAUUAUUUAAUUCAGCAAGGAUACAUUAAAUAGAUUGUUACAAAAAGUUUCAAUUUCAAAUGAUAAAUUCAAAGUAUUCCCAUUCCUAUGCAAAGUA